ACGUACGACGGUUGCACGGUUGCUCGCGAGCGCGCAGCUCUUGCCGUUCUGUGGCUAGGCGGGCGUUUCGAGCAGUGUUUGUUGAAGUGUUCCCGGAAGCCGCGAUGAGUUGAGGAGGACUCCACCAUAUAUCAUCACAGAGGCCGCCUCCCCAAAAAAGUGUUCUUGGUGUGCUUGGUGUUUGUUCUUUUUUUUGUUCGGUGUUCAGGGGAAGCUAGUUUUGUGCGUUCAGAGUGUUUUUUGGAGAAUUUUGGGGAAUUGUGUGCAAGACAUCGGCUACCACAAAACCACAACCACAAACAAUGGAGUCUCCAGAAAGAUAGUGGUUGGUUUUUUGUUGUUAUUGGCUAAACUUCCUGGAGAAGUAGAGAAUUUUGAAGUGUUGAGUGAGAUUUUUGGUGAACCGCUUCAGCUACAAUCACAAACAAACCCGCACAAUCAAAUACCGCCAAAUUCGCACAGUCGCACAGAUGGCGACGACCGCUGAUGCAGCGUCGUCGAGCAGCAGCAGCAGCAGCAGCAUCAUCCCGUUCGUCGACCGGGUGAACGAAAUCCACAAGGAUCUGGUCAUCUGGAUCGCGAUCGACGGCAUCCUGAUGGUGUGCAUCUUUAGCGGCAACAUCCUGACGAUCAUUGCCGUCUGGUACUACCGGCGGCUGCAGUGGCUCAUCUCCAACCUGUUCGUGCUGUCGCUCGCCAUCUCGGACAUCUUCGUCGGGCUGACGCUGCCGUACCAUCUCGCCUUCUACAUGGGCGUCGAUCUCGGGCGCCAGAAGCACCUCUGUCUGCUGCGCUUCUUCGUGCUGAUCAUUGCGUGCAGCGUGUCGAUCUGGAAUCUGAUCGCGAUCGCGGUGGAUCGGUACAUUGCGAUCUGCUACCCGCUGCACUACACGCGGUUGAUGACCAAGCGUACUGCACUGACGAUCCUUGGGUUCGGCUGGUGUCUGGCGAUCUCGAUCGCCACCAUCCCGCUGAUCUGGAACAAGUGGGAGACGGCCCAGGAGUGUGAGUUCGACGAGCUGCUGCAUCCGUGGUAUGUGGCCGGCGUCAUCACGCCCAUCUUUUCCGUCGUCUGGCUGUGCCUGUUCGUCGUCUACUGGCGCAUCUGGCGGGAGGCGUCCAAGCACGCGAAGCAGCUGCGCGCUCACGGCGGCGCGUCGGAGCGUUCCUCCAGCGACUGGAAGUCGGUGCAGGUGGUGCUACUCAUCAUGGGCUGCUUUACCUUCUGCUGGAUACCGUACUUCGUGGUGGUGCUGACGCAAAUCUUCGCGUUCGUCGAGGACAGCUCGCCGACCCUCUACAAGGCGGCGUUUUCGCUCGCGAUGGCCAACUCCAUGAUGAAUCCCAUCAUCUACGCCUGGAAGAAUACGCACUUCCGGUACGCCUUCAAGCAGCUGCUGACCUGCCACAAACCGGUGGUCCCACCGGCGGCCGCCAACGGUGCUGCCCCUUCGUUCGAGCUGCCGGCGGCCAAAUCGUGCCCGGACCACCACCUCACCACCGGCUGCUCGCACGAUGCGGUCGGGCCGGCCGGCCCCGUCCCAUCUACGCUCACCGCCCACAGCAGCUUGGCGAGCGUGUCGACCAUCGCGCCGCCGGUACUGCCGCCGGUUGAGCCGGGACGCUACGAGUCGCUGGUGCUGCUGUCCCAGCAGCUCACCGACAUUACGGCGAGUGCGACCAUACGCGUAUCGCUGAGCAGCGAGGAGCUGCCUGCAAUGGCACAACUCUCCCCCGAGGCGCACACGGCCACCGUCGUACCGCCGGACACGCGGGCAGCUUCGCCCAAGCCCACGCACAUCAUUGCCGGUAACAUCAUCAUCAACAACUUCAACCUGUACGAUCAGGCGCGCAUCGAGCGACUGCUGCGGUGCGAAAUGACGGCGACGAGCGGUGGUGCGCCGAACGAAACGUCGGAACCGCCGGGCCACCAUCAGCCACCGGGAGCGGAGGUGCCGCCGACCCAAGCCCCACAAGAGGUGGUGAUGAAUGUGACCAAGCUUUAGUGGUGGUUUUGGUUAUGUUUUUGGCGGAUCCUUUCGUCGGACAGUAAAGCUCUCGCAACAGGCUCGAUGAGGUUUGAAUUUCCAAACUAAUGUAGUCUUUUUUUGGGGGGGAACGAAUGUACUGAAUUGUACAGCAAACACAAUUUGCUGGCAGCACCUUUCCUAACAGUCCUAUUUUGUUUAGCAGUAUAAGUUUAGCAAAUAUAAGAAUCGAUUAAAAAAAUCA